AUGGCCGAGGCAACGGCCAGCGACGACGAUGGCCAGUCCAAGAAGCGCAGCCGCUCCGAGUUCGCCGACCAAGAUGGCUCAGACUCCUCAUCCUCCUCCUCCGACGAUGACAUGGGCCCCCAGCUGCCCGCCGAAGCGCCCAAGAAGAAGCGCCGUGUCUUGCCGUACGAGAAGCACUACGUCGCCGCCCUGCCCAGGUCGGCCCGUUACUCGCGCUCCCUCAUGCACAAGGAGCAGCUUCUCUUCGUCACGUGGACGCCUCUGACCGAUUUCCUCAUCACCUCCUCCGUCGACGGCGUCGUCAAGUUCUGGAAGAAGCUCGGCCAGGGCAUCGAGUUCGUCAAGCAGUUCCAGGCCCACGACGGCGAGAUCAGGUCCGUCUCGGUGAGCAACGACGGCCGCAGCUUCGCCACCGCCGGCGCGGACGCGACGGUCAAGAUCUUCGACGUCGUCACCUUCGACCUGCUCUCCAUGUUCACGCUCGACCACGCGCCCAAGUGCAUCUGUUGGGUCCACCAAAAGGGCGUUUCAUUUCCGCGCCUCGCCGUCUCCGAGGCGGAAAGGCCGCUGAUACACAUCUACGACGGCCGCGGCGACCGGGAGGAGCCGAUGCACACCAUCAAAGGUCUGCACAGGAGCCCCGUCCACCUCAUGGCCUUCAACGACGCCCACGAUUGCGUCGUCUCCGCCGACGAGGGCGGCAUGAUCGAGUACUGGCGGCCGAGCGGCGCCUACGAGAAGCCCGACAACGUCUACGAGUACAAGAGCGCGACGAACCUGUUCGACUUCAAAAAGGCCAAGUCGGUGCCGUCCUGCCUCGCCAUGUCGCCCGACGGCAGCCGCCUCGCCACCUUUUCCUUCCCCGACCGGAAAAUCCGCCUCUUCGACUUCGCCACGGCCAAGCUGCACCGCACCUACGACGAGUCGCUCCAGGCGGUGGAGGAGCUGCAGCAGACGGGCGCGCCGUCGCACAAGUCGGACCACGUCGAGCUUGGCCGACGGUUGGCGCAGGAAAAGGAAGUCGAGUCGCUGGCGCUGCGUAGCAAGAACAACAUCAUUUUCGACGAGUCUGGCAACUUCAUCGUCUACGGCUCCAUGCUCGGCAUCAAGGUGCUCAACGUGUACACGAACAAGGUGGUCAAGGUCUACGGCAAGGACGAGAACCUCCGCGCCGUCCACCUCGGCAUGUAUCAAGGCCAGCCGCAGAAAAAGGGCGUCAUCUCGGUGGAGAUGGGUGCGUCGAGCAACCCGCUGCUGCAAGAGUCCGAGGUCCGCGACCCGAUCCUCGUGGCGACGGCCGUCGGCAAGGUGCGCUUCUACAUGUUCAGCAACGACGAGGACAUCUCAAAGUCGACGCGCGACGUGCAGAACGAACGACCGGCCGUCGGCGCUCAGGCCAAGAAGGAGGGCGCCGCACGGCGCAAGGAGACAGGGGAUGCUGCCGUCCUCCAUACCACCCUUGGCGAUGUUCACAUCCGCCUCUUCCCCGAGGCGGCGCCCAAGGCGGUGGAAAACUUCGUCACGCACGCGAAGAGCGGCUAUUACAACGGCACCAUCUUCCACCGCGUCAUUCGCCGCUUCAUGAUUCAAGGCGGCGACCCUCUCGGCGACGGCACCGGCGGCGAGAGCAUCUGGGGCCGCGAGUUUGACGAUGAGUUUAGCAGCCUCAAGCACGACAAGCCCUUCACCGUGAGCAUGGCCAACGCCGGGCCCAACACCAAUGGCAGCCAGUUUUUUAUCACGACGGAGAAGACGCCCUGGCUGGAUGGGAAGCAUACCAUAUUCGGCCGCGCCACCCAGGGUUUCGACGUCAUUCACAAGAUUGAGAGCGUCCGCACGUACAAGGAGAAGCCUGAAGAAGACGUCAAGAUGCUCAGCAUCGACAUCGCGUAA